AUGGAGAACAGUCAGAGGUUGUCAAAAUCUCUUUGGAUUGAUGAUUGUUUUGUGUUUACCACAGCUUCGAAAAAACUUAACUAUAAUGGAGGAGAAAUUGUAACAAACGCGCAUGUGGACAGACCUCUCUAUUUGGUACCCUUGAAUUUUGUUUUGGGUUCUCGACACAAUUCAAAGAAGCAGCGUACUGGGGAAGCGCACUUCUUCGAGAAACAAGGUUUCAAAAGACAAGCUCUUGCUGUUUCACAGGAUCCAAAUCACAAGUGA